AUGAGAAGUUUACUCCUGUUGGUCGUCCUUGCGACGGCCUCCCAAGCCUAUAUGGUGCCGCAGAACGCACCAUGCUCGGGAUCUACCGUUUGCCUGAUCAACUGCGUGGUGGACUCGCGCUGCCCGGUCUUCAACCCGGCCAAGCCGAUCCUGCUCCCGGGCCGCACCUGCGACCGUUUCUACAAGUGUGAGUCGGGCCGUGCCUGCGAGAUGCAGUGCCCAAUCGGUACACACUACAACUCCCGCGAGCAAACUUGCGACUGGCCGCAUCAGGCCUGCUGCGACCCGAGCAUUGAAUGCCGCCCGGACCCGUGCCGCCCAGGAAGCCCCUGCACUGGACCACCACCACCACCUAGUCCGAUCUACCCGCCACCGCCGCCACCGCCGCCACCACCACCACCACCACCGCCACCACCACCGCCGCCAGUGCCGGUGCCACCAUGCAGCGGAGGCUCCAUCUGCAGCAUCAACUGCCCGGUCGAUUACCGCUGCCCGGCCUUCAACCCAUCCAAGCCAGUGCUGCUCCCUGGCCCAUCCUGCGACCGCUACCUGAAGUGCGAGACUGGACGUGCCUGCCCGAUGUACUGCCCGGCUGGACUGCACUUCAACCAGGCCAAGCAGAUCUGCGACUGGCCGUUCCAGGCUUGCUGCGAUCCGCGCAUUGAGUGCCGCCCAGACCCAUGCGGUCCCGGAGGCCCCUGCACUGGACCAUCGCCACCUAGCCCGAUCUACCCGCCACCACCGCCGCCGCCGCCACCACCACCGCCGCCAUCGCCAAUUCCAGUGCCACCAUGCAGCGGAGGUGCCAUCUGCGCCCUCAACUGCCCGGUCGAUCCUCGCUGCCCGGCCUUCAACCCAUCCAAGCCUGUGCUGCUCCCUGGCCCAUCCUGCGACCGCUACCUGAAGUGCGAGACUGGACGUGCCUGCCCGAUGUACUGCCCGGCUGGACUGCACUUCAACCAAGCCAAGCAGAUCUGCGACUGGCCGUUCCAGGCUUGCUGCGAUCCGCGCGUUGAGUGCCGCCCGGAUCCGUGCCCACCAGGGGCUUUCGGAUGUGGCCAGAGCAACAACAACAACAACAACUGGCAAUGGGGUUAA